AUGGAUCAAUCUCAGAUCAAGGCUUUGGCCGCCAUUCAGCCCUUCGUCCACCUUGCAACCACCACUAAAACCACCUCUCCCCGCUUCGUUGUCGAACUCAUCAAAGGCGCCAUAUCGGCACCAGGCACAUAUAUCUUUACCGAACUCCUUCAGACACCCGCCUGUCAGAGUCUUCGGGGCACGGACUCACAGUCAUGGUUGACGUUGUUGGAGAUCUUUAGCUGGGCAACAUAUGAAGAAUACAGAGACAUCCGUGGCCUUCCAGAGCUCGACGAACCUCAAACCUUCAAGCUGCGCCAACUGAGCCUCCUCACACUGGCCUCGCCGUUCGCCCGCAGUCGCACUAACACAACGAACGCCCUCACCUAUCCAUCACUAUUGAAAUCACUUGACCUACCCGAUGCAGCAAGCCUCGAAUCCCUCGUCACCCAAUCCAUCUACUCUGGCCUCCUCACCGCCCGUCUCUCCCCUACGUCCAACCCGCCCAUCGUCAACAUUACUUCCGUAGCGCCUCUCCGCGACUUGCGACCCCAAUCCCUCCCCGCCCUCCUCCAGAUCCUCCAGACAUGGGAAUCGAGAUGUUCAUCCAUGGUCAACGACCUUGAAGCACAAAUCUCCGCCGUCCGCGCCGCAGCGGCCCAGCGCACCGCCACACAGCGAAAGCGACAAGAGGUUGUAGACGCAGCGGUCCUGAAUGACAAAGACAUUCCGUCGAACGAGAACACAGACGCGGAGCGCAAGAACAUGGGAAGAAUGAUGCGUGGCGCACAGCGAUUACCAAGCAAGCGAGAUCUCGACCAGCAAAUGGAGGGCGAGCUAGACGACUUGAGCGAUGAAGAUGGACGGAUGGACGUGGACGAAGGGCUUGGUGAGACCGCGCACAGUGGUGGUGGACGCGGUGGACACGGUGCUGGGAGUUCAAAAGGCGCAAAGAGGAAUCGAGGACGCGGAUCAAAGUAA